AUGACUAUAGAUUCUUCGAUACGUUCAGUAGCGGUUAUAGGCGGUGGCGCAGCGGGAGCCGCCACUUUACAUUCUUUAGUGGCUGAAAACUACUUUAAUAAAAUACGACUUUUUGAAAGGAAAGAUAAAGCUGGCGGUUUAUGGGUAUAUGAUAAGGAACCUGAUAGGCUUCCCCAGCUUAGCACGGAUUUUUCUGAGAGUAUUGAAAUUCCCGACCAUCUUCCAGGAAAUUAUCCUACUAGAGGUUACCUGAAAUUCGCUAAAUCUGCCACUUAUGGCUAUCUAGAAACUAAUGUACCUGAACCUUUGAUGUCUUUUUCAUACUCAAAUUUUGCAGAAGAAAGAACAGAGCAAUCCAUAAAACUCUUUGGGCCGGAUCAUCCUUUCAGACAUCACUCUGUUGUUAAAGACUAUAUCCAGACGACAAUUUCUUCGUUUGAGGAUUUGGUUCAGUAUAAUACUUCUGUGGAAAAAGUAAUGAAGCAUGGAACAAAAUGGAUUAUUUCUUUGAGGGUUAUUAACAAAAAUGGUAAGGAUCACGAUUAUUGGUAUGAAGAAGUGUAUGAUGCUAUUAUUGUGGCCAACGGCCAUUAUUCUAUUCCUUAUAUUCCCAAAGUCUCGGGCUUAGUUGAGUUACAGCAACAAAAUUCUGAUAUUAUUCAACAUACUAAGUCUUUCAGAAAAGUCUCUGAGUACAAGGAUAAAAAGAUACUUAUUGUUGGAACAGGAACUUCAGCAACUGAUUUAAUUAGUGAUGUUCUUGGUCUAUCUAAAAGUCCUAUUGUCGUAUCGUCAAGGCGCGAACCAGGAGAACUUUUCAAAUACUCAUUUGGUGACAGCAAGAAAAUUCUAGUUAAACCAGAAAUUUUUAAAAUUGAUGUAUCAGACGAUAAGCUUACAGCACAUAUUCAAUUUGUAGACGGGUCAGUUGUAAGGAAUGUUGAAAAAAUUAUAUUUGCAACUGGCUAUCUUUAUGACUUCCCUUUCUUCCGGCAAAAUGAGGUUACGGUGAACAAGUAUAAUCGGGUUGAAAACCUAUAUCAGCAUAUUUUCAAAAUGGAUGAUCCAACAUUGUCAUUUGUGGGUAUCGUAGUUGCAUCUAUUACUUUUAGGGUAUUCGAGUAUCAAUCAACGUUGAUUUCAGGUGUGUUGAGGGGCCGUGUUUCCCUACCUCCAAUUGAAGAGCAAAAUAUAUGGGAAGAAGAACGAAUUGUCACUAAAGGUAAUUCACGUGCAUUUCAUGUAAUUCCACCCGAAUAUCAAAAGUACUAUGAAGAUUUACUUGAUUUGGUUGGCCCUUAUAGUGGAUUAGGACACAAAUUAGAACCGUAUGAUAAGAAAUGGGAAGAGAUAAUUAACAAUGCAAUUUCCUUGAAGUUGAAAUAUUGGACAAGGAAUGUCGACUUACAGUUAUAA